AUGAAUGAUAGCAACAGAAGUCAUGUUGAGUUCAUCUUACAAGGAGUGCCCAACGGCGAUGAAUACCACCUGCUGAUAUUCAUCAUCUUUCUGUUGGUUUACAUUGUCAUCCUGGUUGCCAACCUCACCAUCAUGUACCUGAUCAGGACAGAGCCCCGGAUGCACGGACUCAUGUACUACCUGCUCUGCCUUCUGGCCGUCAUUGACAUCAUUCUCAGCAACGUGACCAUCCCCAAGCUGUUGGCCAUGUACCUCUUCCAAUCCAUGGCCAUCUCACUGGAGGGCUGUGUCACCCAGAUGUUCUUCGUCUACUGCACGGCGCUGAGUGAGUCAACGCUGCUGGUGGCGAUGGCGUACGACCGCUACGUGGCCAUCUGCCACCCCUUCAGCUAUCACAAGCUGACCUUCCGCCGCAUCAUACUGGGCGUGACGCUGAUCAUUUUCCUCCGUGCUAUGUGUUUUGUGGCGGUCGCGGCUCUGCUGACUCAAGCCAGUUACUGCGGCUCCAACUACAUCCAGAAUUGCUACUGCAACUAUGGGUCUCUGUCCAAGCUGGCCUGCCGCGGGGUGAUGGCAAGCGACGCCAUCACCUACCCCUUGUCCUUCCUCAUCACGUUGCCCGACAGCUCCCUCAUUGGCUACUCCUACUUCAGGAUCUUCAAGGUGGCGGUCAACAGUGGGCAGGGCGAGGCACGCACCAAGGCCCUCAACACCUGCACCACGCACGUCUGCGUCCUGAUGUUGUUCUACACCAGCGCCCUGUUCGAGUUCGUCAUGUACCUGGUGCCCAGUCUCUUCUCAGCCGAGCUGCACUUUGUGGUCGCGGUCACCUUCGUCAUCUUCCAGCCGAUCUUCAAUCCCAUCAUCUAUGGCGUGAGGACAAAAGAAAUCAGGAAUAGUUUCCUGAAGCUGCUGGGCAGGAGGAGAGUCGCCGACGGAUCUUGA